UCCCGCCCCUCGCCCUCCGCCCGCUCUCUCCGCGCUAACUUUCCGGAGCCCCGACCCGCGGCGCAGAGCUCCCGGCAGCUGCGGGGCCCGUUCCCGACCUCUGGCGGAGAGAGCGGCGGUGCCCAGUACCCCAUCCCCGAGCUCCGCAGAGAACAGGACGAUGUCCGGGGCUGGGGACCGAGGCAAAGCCCUGGCGAGAUGGCCGGGCACUGGGCUUUUGGGUCUCUUCCUGCUUCCCAUGUCCUUGUCGUUGGAGGUAUCUGUGGGGAAGGCCACCACCAUCUACGCUGUCAACGGCACCGAGAUCCUGCUGCCCUGCACCUUCUCCAGCUGCUUUGGCUUCGAGAACCUCAGCUUCUCGUGGUUCUACAAUAGCACGGAGACUUUCAGAGUUCUUAUAGAGGGGAGCGUAAAGAAUGAGAAGUCUGAUCCCAAGCUGAAGUCAAAAGGUGAUGACCGAAUCACUCUGGUGGGCACCACGAAGGAGAAGCAGAACAACAUAUCCAUUCUGCUGAGGGACCUGGAGUUCAGUGACUCGGGCAAAUAUACCUGUCACGUGAAGAACCCCAAGGAGAAGGACCUCGAGCACCAGGCCACCAUCAUCCUCCAAGUCGUUGAUAAACUGGAAAAAGUGGACAACACGGUGACACUCAUCAUCCUGGGCGUGGUGGGCGGGGUCAUCGGGCUCCUGGUCUUCAUCCUGCUGCUGAAGAAGUUCAUUGCCUUCAUCCUCAAGAAGACCCGUGAGAAGAAGAAAGAGUGUCUCGUGAGUUCCUCAGGAAACGACAACACAGAGAACGGCUUGCCAGGCUCUAAGGCGGAAGAGAAGCCACCCACAAAAGUGUGAGGCCCUACUUUGGGCCGAGCAGCGCAGGGAGCCUCGCUUUCUGACCAUGACACUGACGCUUGAGCCCUGUCUGUAGAACCCAUGUGCCUGAGACAUCUGCUGCUUGGCUCAAACUGUAGUCUUUCUGGGCAGGGAGAAACUGGGGACCUGUCUGGCCUGCCCCACCCCCCUCCCCAGCCAGGGCUUCCCAAGGACAAGGGCUGACCAGGGGAUGGGGCCUACGGAAGUCAGAGAAGGAAAGGAGGGUUUGAGAUGGUUUUGAGGGGCUGGUCCCCCAACACCUAGCAAAUGGGUUUUUCUCAGGUUCCUCAUCCUGAGUGAACCCAGCUGUGGUUUUCUUUCUAUUUUUCCUGCAAGAGGGACCUGGGGGAUCAGUUGGUCCUUGGACGUGGGGUGAAGGAAGAGCCUUAUGCGGAGAGGGAAACUCUUCUGAUGGUGAGAACUGUGCCAGAGGACUCUGGAGCAGACCUGGUGGCAGGAGCUGCUGGAGGUGGGGCACCGUGAGAGGCAAGCUGGGCUUCGUGCGAUCCCUGGUCUCCACAGUCCCUCAAGUGGGGAGUUUCCCUUUCUGUCAGCUGGAGUGCCUCCGCCUUGUCCCAUUGCCCUUCCCUGCCUCUUCCUCUGAGUUUCCAAGCCCUCCUUCCCAGACAGGCCUGGCUGCCUUGGUCUUGAGUGAUCCUGGCCCACAUUGCCAACCCUUCUGCCCUCUGGGUUGCUGAGGGGCUCGUGGAGGGGCCCCUCAUCCUUUCUGGAGCACUCAAGUGCUCCCUAUGCCUUUUCUUAGGAUUUCGUCUUGGGGAAUGGGGCUGCAGAGGUGGGUAAGCCAGAAUCCUGGGCCUUUUGGUCAUUGGGAUGCCCACCCCAGGGCCCCAGGGCUCGCAGUACUCUCCUUGGCAUUGCAGGACCAUUGCCAUCCAGGGCACUCCUGAGCCUGGCUCCCUGUUCUCUCUCUUCCCUUGAAACACCGGGGGAUGUCAUCCUGCUGGAGGGGCUGCAGCUUCUUCUCUCCCUGCCGCCAUGCCCUCCCAUUGGCUUGCUCUUCUGGUGCCGCUCUACCGCGCCUUUGCCCCUGUGCCUGGGGUAGUGCAUCCCCCAGCCCUGUGUUUGCCUUUGCCUCAGGGACCCUCUUCCUUGGACGAGAAAGCCCUUAGGUUUUCUGGCUGCUUCUUGCUCAGCAGGCUCCCCUUUUGUUAUUCUGGGUUUUGGGAGGAGCAGGGAGAAGGGACCCACACUUUCUCUCUGCUUGCUGCAGCACUGGUUUGCACACCCCUUGAGUGUGGGGCUAGACCGUGCCUUAGCUCCUUGAGUCCCAGCUCUUGCCCUCCCUCCCUCCCUCCCUCCCUUUCCAACCCAUCAUCCCUGACCUAACUGCACAACGGGAUGUGGCAGGGGUUUCCCAGCCUUCCCCUUCCCAAGGUUGUGGAGGAGGCCACGGAGUUGUGUUACUGACAGCCCCUUGGCCAGGGACUGAAGCUUGGAGACGCCUGCCAAGUGCUUCCAUCCGGGACCCUGAUAGGCAGAUGUGAGAGUGUUGGAAGGGGGGUCUCCCGAUGGGUCUGAUUAUGUGGGUCUGUGUGGGAGAUGCAGUAAUGGCGUCCCUGCCAUGUGCUCCCAUGCCCUUGCUCCCAUAUAGGAUUUCCUAUUGGACAUUGUCCUCUGGGCACCAAGGAUGGAUGGAGAGAGGGAGCCUUCUUUUCCAGAGGGUUUGGGGACUGCUCCAGGGCCCUCCUUCCCAAGAUGCAGCUUCAACUUCUCUGAGUGUGGAAGUUGGGGGAGUCUGAGGAACAGUAGUGUUCUCAUGGCUGUGGCCAUGUUUCUUGGUCAAGCUGGUGGGCUCGCAAAUCCCCUCUGCCAUCUGCCUCCUCCCCUCCUGUCCUUUACCCCAAACCCAUCCCAGCCUGGGGUUCAGAUUUCCCCGGCUUUGGGAGCAGAAAAACCAGAGCCCUCAGCCAUUCAGAAAACUUCUAGCUGCCUUCAUGCAAAACUGCUUUCUUCUCCCUUCUCAGUUGAAGAGACAGAUUGUUGCAGGGCUCCUGCUCUAGUGAGAGGUCCCCAAGGCCUGUGGAACAAGAGAGGAAGUGGGGCAUCCUCUUCUCUUUCCCAGCUUACUGAUAACUUCGAGGUGGGCCAUGCAGCUUCUCUGGGCUCAGCUUUUGCCACCUAGCCGAAGGGUAUAAUAAUACUUACCUACCUCACCUGACUGUCGUGAGGCUUGGCGAGUUUUCUGUUAAAUUUUGGCUGGGAAAAGCAUCUAGGAAGCAGGAUUUAUAAUAAGAGACGUUGUUCCAAGUUGGUCUCAUCCUCACCUCUGCGUCUCUUCCUUACAAAAAAACACACAUGCAUGCCCACACGCACGUCCCAUUUUUCCCCUUUGGAAUUCCUCAGUCUUUACAAUGUUAAAAACCUUGACUCCAACUCAUGCUUAAAGCUUCUUGUUUGUGGCUCUUGUUUGGUGGUUUUCAAAAGAGGUGAUUGGGACUGUAGAGGGGGUAUUUUGGUUGCUUCAAUGCCUUUAGGAUGUAGUGGGUGGGGACUAGGAGUACUAAACUUAGUUCUCACAACAGAGAACGUCCUGUCCCGAUGCCAGCAUCAUGCCCAUGGAAAACUGUUGCCAUGGAUUUGCAACAGGUUGUAGAGUUGACAAAGCCAUUUUCCCCAAGCAGACUCUUUGAGCACACCAGUUUCUGAUGAUGGUCUCCAACCUGGGGAGGGAGUUUUCAGAGUUGUUGGGCUAGGGAGGGCCAUCUCUAGAGUUGGUCUUGGAAGCUCAGGGCACACGCAGCUGCUCUGACAAUGACACCAGUGAGACCAAGGAGAAAGUUCAAAGUACCUCAUCCUUGACCUCAAAAUAGGACAUCUGCAUGUGAGGCUGGGAGUUUCUCCCUCUGUAGGAACUGAGCAGAAGGCAGCCAGAAUGAACCUGUAAUGCUAGAGAGGCCUGGGAGAGGGACUGCUGGGGCAGAGACUUUCCAUGCAUCUGCUGGCCAAUUCUUGUGGAGCCAGGGGUGUGAGGGGUGUGAGGAGGUGAGGGUGUGUUGUAUAGUGCACAUGUGCUGUGUGCAUAUGGACAUGCAUGCCAGGUGCAGAGGUGUGACUGUGGAGUGAGGGGACUUCAUGAUGGGAGAGAGUGCACAUUUCAGAAACCAUCAUCCCUGGCUUGAACUACAGCUUGAGGGAGGAAAGAGACAGAGGGGAACACUGGCCAUGGUGCAGGAUUCAUCUUUCUGUGACGCCAUCUCACUGUUACAGACAGCUGCCGUUGCAGGGCUGGGGAGAGGAUGUGCUGAAAGGAGGGACUUCCGGGGAAAGUCCUAUAGCUUGCUGCACCUUACACUGUCCCAGGUUGGAGUCCCUGCCUUCCCACCUCCCACCUGAUAUGCAGUGCUUUUGACUAUCUUAUAUAUGAUUUAUUCCUCUGGCUUGAAUGACAAUACCCAUAGUCAACUUUCCCAUAUAACUAUAGAUCAAAUGAUAUAGUGAUGGGCCUUAGGAGGCCUCAGGUCUGUGGGUGCCUCUGGGAGGUACAGAUGCGCACACACCUAGCACUGACCUGUAUUCAAGCACAGAAUGGAUGUGAUCAAACUAUCUUGCCUCUACAACAUGUUUUGCAUUGUAGAAUUGUAUUUAGCUUGCUCUGGAUGAAAUAAAAAUUAUAUUUAAUAAUU